CCCAUCGGAGUAAAGAACCGCCUCCCUGUGAACUGCCAGGCUGUGAGAACUGUGGGAGUUAUGAAUGAGAUCAGAGUAACAUGGAGGGAGGGAACCUUUCCAUCCUGGAACUCUGGUCGUCACAACAGAACUUUACUCUCAAAUUCAAACUGACGGAGGUGAGCGAGCAGUUUGGAUGCAGUUCAUCUUUGCAGCAUUCCCGGCAAACCUCAGAAUGCAGAAAGUCUGGCUUCAUCUCCUCCUCUUAGUCUCUGUCUUCCUCCUCCUCCACCCUCGGAAUUCGGCUCAGCCAGUGGAGGAGGUGGUGCAGAAAGUGCCCGUCGAGGUCAUCACUGAGAGCUCCCCCUGCAGCGCCACCUGUGGGCUGGGCCUCCGGAAUCAGACUCUGUGCCUUCUAAAUAACAGCAGAGCAGCGAUGGAGGAGAAGGUGCAGAGAGGAUCAGAGGUGACAAAGAAGUGCCGCUUCCGGAUGGUGCGGUGCAUGGAGAUGUGGCAGUGUGGACUCCAGACAAUGACCGUCACAUCCGGACAGAGGGUGGAGGUCGACUGUGUGGUAGACGUCAUGGAGGCCAUGGGGCGGUUCUCCUGGAGGGUGUCGUGGCGUUACGCCCGAGGAAUCAUCACCUCUGACGAUGCUCUGUUUGCUCGCUGGGAGGCUCCCGAGUUGGACCGUGUGGUUCUGGACCCUGUCAGAGAGGAGGAUGCAGGGACGUACCGCUGUGAUGUGCAGGACGCCGCUUACCGCAGGGUCAAACGGGCUUACUGGGGGAUCCGGGUUCUGCCCGUCGAGGUCAAUCUGUACUACGAGAGCUCUCUGGCCCUUUGGGAUGAAAACAAGAAGAACAAGGAGGAUGAGGAGCAGCAGAAGAUCUUGCCCUUUGUUUUCCUGUCGGUGGGCAUCAGUGCUGCCGUCGCCGGUGUCUUCGCUGUUCUGCUGAGAGGCUACAAGAUGAUGAAGAGGAGAAGCAACAAAAGAGGAAUUUAAAGGCUUUUGUUUUGUUCUCUGUAUAAUCAAUUCCUUUACUGUGACUUUUCAAAUGUGUUCCACCUGAAUGCAGCCGUACACUGUAAACUCUUAUUUCAUUAGUUUGUUAUUAAAGUGAAGCACAGACGUUCAUAAUACAGAAAAAAACUGAAAUAACCAAAAAUAACAGAUCACAGAUUUAUGG